GGUGCGCCCAGCUCGCAGCAGACGGCGAAAUCGAUCGGUCGGAAAAAGUAAAGCCCUGAGUGCUGCUCUUUGCUAGAAGAAUUUUGAUAUUCUUUCAAGAUGCUGCCAACUGUAAGUGAAAAGUCUGCCGAGCCAGGCGUGACAGUCAUCACAGACGGUGGGUCCUCAGGACGUGACAGCGCCGAGACCAAGGCGUCGUACAAGAAGUACAUCAUUGUUGCUGUUGCUGUCAUUGUUGUUGUUGCUGUUGCUGUCGGUGGAACUUUGGGAGCAGUUCACAUCUCUAACAAGACAGCACAAGACGUGUGGAAGGAGUACAAUCUCCGUUUAACCGACAAGCAAGGGAAGAAAGUUGACGAAAAGGUUCAGGUUGAUCUGAAGGACAACAUCACCGUGUACAACGUGAACAACGAGAAGUUCCACGUAGCCAUGGACAACUCGAGGGGUCUGGUAGUAUACAAGAUGGAAAUGAACAACAAGUUUGCUUGUUACUUAACUCCAAUGAACAAAUCUGAAGAGACCGACAGCAAGGACGUGGCCAAUGCUUUGGAACAACCGAAUACCGUCGAAAAUACGACAUCAGAUGAAGAUAAUGAACAAAAACAAUUCGUUGCCAACACCUCUCCGAUCAAGGACAAGUCCUUCCUAAGUCCCAGAAUGCAGGAAUUCUGCAAGGAUCUGGAGGCAUACUGGCUUACUCAGAAGGACGGCAACACUGUAGAUGGCGCCAGCACCCAAACCCCGGCAGGAGGUGAACGCCAGAAGCGAGCCUAUUGCUACUGGAGGCGUUACAUAUGCCGUUAUAUAAGACGCGUAUGCAUCAAGAUCGGUUUUCGUUACUAUUGCCGUUAUGUAUACUAUUAUAGAUACUGUUAUAGGUACAGAUGCUACGGUAAAUAAACGUUGCUGUGAAGCAUUUGUUCAUCUCAAAGAUUAUUGCAAAGCGUGAUAAGUCAACUUUAAAGUCAAC